AUGCGCUACGACGACUGGGAUGUGAUCCUCUUCCCUAAGGACUCUCACGUACCGAUACAGGAGUUCAAGACUGCCUGUUAUGUCUCACCUAAAGAGUAUGGCCGCCAGCUGCCUACUUUGACAUGUUACAUCAACUCGUUGCCAACGUCUACGCCGUUCCGCAUCUCUGUACACUCAUGGGCUACGCUAUCAAAAGCCUCGCCGCUCAUCGAAUCCCGACGGAAGACGAACCAGAAGGUCGUAUACACUGUUCAGGUCAUUUUCGACGGGGCUAGAGUCUUUCGUGGCUUCUUCGACAUUACCUCAAAAUGGCCCCAGGAGAUCGCCCAUGAGAAGAGGUCGCUUACCAUCAAUGACUACCCCACAAGCCAACAGAAGCCAUACCUCGAAUUCCCACCCUUUCACCAUCGUACCCUCAUGCAAAGCUCGUGGGAUGCGCGCGAUCCAAAUGGACGUAUAAGGAUAACACUGUCAGAACAGCUGAUCACGAAGUCAACCAGCCCUGGGGAAGCGGACCUUGACAUCUUGGAACAAACGGGAAUCUCAUGGCCGAUACGGAACCCCCUGUAUCUACCCAAUGGCCUUGAACGAGCUACAUACCUAUCGCAGACGUCUCCAACACUGUCUUGGGCCCCCAAAGUUCGACCUUUCAUAGGAGAUAUGCAAAUGCAAUCGCCGAUAUCGCAACGUUCUAUGUACAAUGUCGACAGGCCACCCAACAUCUUGCCAAAUCGACGAUCCAACGCACACUUGCCAUCCAUAUCGCAGUUUUCGAAGCCAGUUCCGAGCUUAAAAAACAACAGCCGCCUGGGUACAUGGGGCGAUACUCUCAACUCGCUCGGUGGUUGCGCCGAUGACGUGAGCAUGGAUACUUGGUCAACAAAGAGAACUACGUCAGGUUCAACUAGCGAUAUGGCUAUGCCUGAUUACUCGUACACAUCGUCACAUUUAUCAAGACAGGGCCCUCCACCAUGGAUGCCCGACAAGUCGCAAUACAGCCAGAGUAACAGCACAGACUGGGAAAACCAUCAUCCAGGGAAAGACAAGGAAAGACAACUCGUCGUCACGCUUCGAGACGACCAACUAGGUCAGAUCAUUGAAGCCAUGAGCCCGCCAAAGCAGAAUCGUGAAUUACAGCAUGGGUUUUGUAACCAGCACCACGAGAAUGCUGGUAGACCACCAACUGCUCACACAUACCAUCCGUCGAAGCCAGAAAUCGUUCCGCCAGUCAAUCGUCCAUCUUCAGCAUCUAUCGUUCGCAAGUCGUCCUAUGCGGAACUCAACAACGUCCUACGAAAUGCUUCGAACAAGCAGUCACCAACUAAACAACGGUCGCAAGAUAAGGUAAACGACAAAUCUUCUACCCUGAACCAUCUUUCUGUUUCAACCAAUAAGGAAAACUACCCUCCUUCGCAGUCACGGUUGCCCACACCUUUUCCGCACGCGAAUCGCGUGCCCACACCAAACCCUUUCGCACAGAGGUUGCCAACUUACACCUCAGAUGUCUCGAUGAGGGACCCAUCCAUCGCCCUCUCAAGUAUAUAUAGAUUCAAUCGAAGUGAGGCGCCACCUCUAACCGCCGAACCUGCUAAAUUUGGGUCUGCUCACGGCCCAUCAACUGUGAAUAUUAGGGGCAGGAAAGAAGGCUUCACUUCCAGUUUACCAAGGCUAUCGGAUCAAGCAAUGCGCCAUGACCAGAGCUCCCCACCAUCACCAAAUUCAGGGUCUCAGACAGUACAUAAUUUCGCCUCUAAGGGUCAAGACAAACCUUUACAUGACACUCAGGGCGGUAUCCCUGACCUAGUUGAAGUAAUCGACGUGGACGCUAUUGAUGCGCAUUUAGCCACCAACGCCGCUUUGGACGGUACGAAGCUUUCUCCGUUCAAACCCUGUCAUAAGACUGGAGUGUCGCUUUCAAGCAUCGACAGUACCGGCCGUCUAGAGAGACAGCUAUUCAGCGCCCUAGGCGAGGAACUGGGCAGCUUUGAGCACCAUAUCGACAACACAGGCAUGGGACCCGAACUUACGCAGGCAAUUGGCGGCGGAAUGGCACAUUCUGAUGUCAGCGGCACUGUCAUGCUGAAUCCGACAGCGAGCGACUUUGAGCCAACUAUCAAGCGUAAGAGACAGGUUACAUUAAGUCAUGGUGAUAGGGAGAGGAGCCCAAUGACGAAGAAGGAGAAGGCCGAGUUGGUUCGUGCUGAGGGUCAGGAUGAGGAGGUGGUGGUGUGUUUGAGAGGAGACUGA